UCUCCUCUCUCGCCCCGCCGCCGCACCCGGCGUGUUAAGUGUCUGUCUGGGCCGGUCCUCUCCCACGUGCUGCGCUCUAACCCGGAGUUAGAAGGGGAUUAGAACCCGCCUCCUCCUGCUUUUUGGGUGCUUUUCUUUUCAGGGAGUCUUUGGGUCCGCAGCGAGGGUGGCGUUCUUCUUGCGCGCGCCUGCCCGAAGGCUCAGCGGGAGCAGCGGCGGGGGCAGCGCAAGCCAGCAGGAGGAGGGGGAUGGCGGCUGUGUUGGAGCUGUUGCUGAAGGACGUGGUGGCGGCCAGCGCUGUGGUGCGGUGGCUGGAGCCGAGCCAGAGCCCCUGCCCCGUCGAGGAAACCCAAGUCCACCCCAAGCUAGCCCUCCUUAAUUCACUUCAGAAAGACUUUGUGCCUUUUUUACUGAAUUACUUAAGGGAACAAACCAGUCGGAUAUUGACUAAUGGACCAUCUACCCCUGCUAAAACUCCAAAUGCCAAACUCCUUGGGAUUUCUGCUAGGAACCAAAGAACAGGUCCUGAAAGGAGGUCUCCCAGUGUAACGGGGUCCAGUAGCAGUCGAGGGCUGCUUUUUUGUGAUGCAACCCCUACCAGCUUGCAUAGCUUUAAUACCAGUAUUUCUACUUCGGUAUCACAUGGAUCUUCUGCCUUCAAUGAGUCAAGUGUACUUGGUUCCUUCAGUGAUCUCAGCACCAGCCCAAGUCUUGGUUCAAGUCCCAUUUUUUCUCGCAAUGAGAGACGCUCUACUCAAAAAACAAAUCUGGGGAGUUUUCUUGUUGCUGCCCCAGUGAGGCGAGGCAGAAGGAAAGGUAACAGUUCUGCAACUGGUUCUGGCCGGCCGGUGGCACAAGACCUAGGAAGAAACUUGAACGAUGAAGUGAAGCAUGAUGGUUCCUCGUUGGUUUCAUCAAGGCAGAGGAAAGUGAGUCCUGUCUGUAUGAGUUCUCCACCUGACCAGCUUAACCUAAAUGACUUGGAGGAGUUUCCACCCAUGAGUACUGCUGGAAUGAUAAACAAAAUCAAACCAUCAAGAAGAAUCAACCCUACUCCAGUGAGUACUGAACGAAUGCUCUCCAAGCCCAAGAUAUGUUUCACGUCCACACCUGUUGGCCAGUCUCAAACCUUUCAGCCUGGAAGAAGUCCUGAGGGCCUUCCUACCUCUCCAGAAGUGAACCUAACCUCCAUUCCAGGAAGCCUUCAGGAGGAAAGAGAGAUGCUGAAGAAAGAACGGUCCAAGUUGUUGCAUCACGCAUCUUCCCCAACAGGGUUGUCUUUGGAUUCUAGCACAUCCAUCAAACCUAAUGUUGGUUGGAAUGAAAGUCUCCUUGCUGAAAACCAUUUGGUAACCUCUGCAGAUAUCAGCAAGGUUUCCUGCAGGGAACAGCUGGAACAGCUGGCUCAGCUUUAUUCAUUUUGCAUAGCAGAAAACCUGGUGCCAAAUAUCUUCUUGGAGUUUUUCUUUGUGUUGCAGUUGUUAACAGCUAAGGGAACUUCCUUUGCAGAAGAUAGAGAGAGUGAUCUGGAUUUCAGUGAAGAGUAUAAAGAUGGAGUAGAAAGGCAGCACUUCUGCAGUGUACACAACUGUGUUUAUUUUGCUGUGCAGGUCUUGGAUUAUCAGUUUGAGAUUGUAUCUCAUUUAGAGAAAGGGACGCUGAAGCUUUUGGCUGAGAAUGACAGGAUUGCAUCCUUUUCCCCUGGCUUGCAUGAGAGGCUUAUGGCAGCCUAUGAAAACAGCGCAGCAAAGGUUUCCCUGUUGCUGCCUUCAUGUGUGCAGUCAGUUUCCUUUCAGCCAGAAACUGACAAUCGAUCUAACUUUUCCAGUGAUAAGGCAUUUCAUAUUUUUAAGAAACAAAGAGAUAUUUUCUAUGAGUUACUGCGUGAAUGGGAAGAUAACUGUGAAAAAACAGGCUGGGAUUUUGAGAAGUGUCUUGGAGACAGAAUCAGGGUAAUGAUGGCUCACCUUUCGGCAGCUUGCAACUACAGCCACUUCGCAAGGCUCUUUCAGAAACAGCUUCUUCAGAUGUGUAAAGGUCCAGUUGGUGGUGGCACAAGUUGGGGAGAUACUCCAGACCAGGACGUCCUUAACAUGCUGGGUUCAGAUAAUCUGAGCCGAUUGAAGAGGCUGCAAGAGAGAUUCCUCGUUCCUCAGAGUAUCAGAGGGCCUUGCCCACCUCCUUCCUUCCCUGGAUGCCAGCAAUUCUUCAGGGACUUCAUUCUCAGUGCAGGAAGCUACCAAUUUAAUCAGCAUUUGAUGGAUAGCCUCUGCCUGCAGAUACUUGAGCUGGAUGGCCUUUCCUUGGUGGAACAUGAACCCAGUGAUGGAGAUGCAAUGGAUGAGCAGGAUGAAAAGAAGCGCUUUGCUGCAGUCCUUAUAAGCCUUCGACUCCUGGCAAAGUUUUUUGGAUUCCUUGUCUUCCUGCCUUAUCGCACAUCAGAGCCACCAACUGGAGACCUGCUGGAAUCCGCAGUGAUGUUAAGGAACCAAACCCAUCCUGUGCUGGAUAUAUUGAAGCUGUUGACACAAUCAAUUCAGAAACGACGCACAGUCCUCACUGUACCUUGGGUUGUAGAGUUCCUUUCCCUUAUGGAUUAUAUUGCUCCAUUUCUUGACUACUAUGGGAAGAUAUUUGCUCUCCUAAUGCAGUUGUACAGAUGUCUGCUACUUUCUGAAGAUAAAGAAAUGUGUUUCCUAAACAAGCUACUGAUUCUUGCUGUUUUGGGCUGGCUUUUUCAAGUGCCUACAGUUCCAGAGAACCUGUUCUUUACCAGCAAAGUGAAAUCAGAAGAAUUGACAACAGAGUCCGGAACAACAGUCCAAGCACUGGAUUCUGUGCCUUUGGUGGACCAGCAGUUGCUUUAUACCUGUUGUCCAUACCUUGGUGAGUUGAGGAAACUGCUGUCAUCUUUUGCUUUGGGAAGUGGAGGAAAGAAUGGUGGCUACAUAAGAAAAAUAACUCCAACUGCUGCAGAGGCCUUGGUCCUCAAACCUUCCAUCACCCAGCAGAAACUUCAGUCAGAGCUGGAGCAAGCCUUCUUCCAUAAUCAGUCCCCAUCUCUGCGGAGGACAGUAGAAUUCGUGGCAGAGCGAAUAGGAUCAAAUUGUGUCAAGCACAUCAAGGCAACCCUGGUAGCAGAGCUGGUGAAAAGAGCCGAGGUCAUUUUACAGGAUAAUGUGAAGACAGAAGGUGCUAAUUAUGACAAACUGCUGGAUGAGGUGUGCUCUCAGCUGUAUGAUGAAGGGGCGCAGGCUCUUAUUCAAGGCAAAGAAUUUUGCAGGAAGAAGGGCCCUGAAGCUGUGAAAAUCCUACUGCCAGAAGAGACAUCUGCAGCAGUUUUAAGCUGUGCAUCAAACAUUGCGGUGGGACUAGCUACUGAAAAGGCCUGCGCUUGGCUCUCCACCAAUAUCACAGCCUUGAUUAAGAGAGAAGUGAAAGCCACGUUCAGUCGUAUCCUGAAAGGUCAGGUCCAUUCCCUGACCACUUCCAGUGAAGCUAUACAGAGGAAGAAGAGCUGCCCCCCAGACUGCCCCCAUCAUGCUGCAUUCCCAUCCCAGAUCAUCAGUGAAAUCAAGGAUGUGCUCUGCAUUGCUGUGGGACCAAGGGACAAAGAUGAAGAAAUCCAGUUUGUCGAUCUGGAAAGUUUGUUGGGAAGGCUGAGCCAAACACUUCGAUGCAGAAAGUUCAUAUGUCCAGUGUCAGAGCAACAGUUGGCUAAGUGCACUGUAGAGCUGGUUUCCCUCCUAGUUUCAGAUCGUGUCCCUAUCCACGGGCUGACCUGUCAAGCUCAGAAGAAGGAGCAGCAACAGCAAGCCAAGAACCAUCUCAUUUCUAGCCUUCUAAAGUCCCUGCUCUCCAUCUGGAAGGAAGACUUUCAGGCAUCAAUACCAUUGCAGCUGAUCUUCAGCAGAAAAAAUGCUGCCUACCUUGCAGAAAACAAACAGCACAAGUGGGACUUGUUCUUGUUCAUGCUUCACGGGCUUGUUGAGCAUGGCUUAAUGACAGACAUAGAGAUACAGAGCUGUUUGCAUGGACUCCAGAAAUCCCCAUGGCCUUCAGACUUCUCCAAGGCACUUGAAGCUCUGUUGAGAAUAUUCAUGUCUGAGAAUUAUAUUGCAGAACCAAAGACUCUGCCUUAUAAAUUGGCGGGACAGUCUAGAGAGACCGUGGCGGCACAAAGCUAACAGAAGCAUGAUAUUUAAAGGUCGUUGGAAUUGCCCAUGAAUGUGCUGGCUGUGGUUGCACUCAGGCAUGCUCCAUUGUGCCCUCUGAAAAGACAUCCAGAUGUUAAGACGAAACACGCGCCCUUUCAAGAAGAGCCGUUUUAAGCACCUUAAUAGGAAUGGCAAGAGCAUAUAGGUGUAAAAGCAUAUGGGUUUCAGGCCUAAAGAAUUGAAAGCUAGACUGGAAUCUGUACACAUAUGUAAAACACAGAUGGAGGGGUAGAUUCCUAAGAUUCUUGAGGAUUCUCACUUAAAUUCUCUCGUUCCAUUAAUGUCAGUGUGGCCUUGGGAGGAGAACCCUAAUGUGAGACUGGUAUUUAAUGUUUAUCAAGAGCUUAUGUUUGAAAGUUUUUUUAAAAAAAUUAUCUCCUAAAAGGAAAAAAAAUGUGUCUUAAAAUGUAAUCAUUGCUCAUCUUUCAAGCAAAGGCUUGAAUUUUUUUAGAAAGGGGUGCUUUGCAAAAAGUAGCUUUUGUAUUUGUAGUCUUCUAAUAAUGAGGGAAGACAGCAUUAAGCCAUGGCACCAUUUAAUUGCAUUUAAUUCUUCACUGUGAAUUAUUUGCCAAUUUUAAAAAUAUUUUGACCUUAAAUAUGGAAGAAUGCUCUGAAGAACUGCAGAACUUGAAAAAAAAUCCUGGGAUGCAUCUCCAUAUUUUAAUAGGACAGUCUUUUCCCAGGUCUGGUUUAGAACUUUAUAGACUUGUCAUUAAAAAGGGUAUAGUCAAGGGCCCCGAAAACAUUCCUCAGUGUUUUGCACCGAGUUUUCCUAGGAGCUGUAUCUGCUUCCCCCCUCCCUGCCUUUCCUUUUUCCCACCUUGCAAUACAGUAACAUAUUUUUCUUCAGGAAUCCUACUUGUUUUUUUCAUGAUUAAAAAUAAUGAAUAGAAUGAACUUGUGCAUGCCCCAAAUGGACUUUCUUCAUCCUGUUCAUAGCUGAUUCAGAACAUUUAAUGAAAGACCUCUAGGUGAGGAAAACCUCCAAUAUAAGAUCGUCAGUUUAGUCUUUGCUUGAAUGUUAAGUCAUGCUGGUCCAAGAAAUCACAGUAAUGAAAGGUUUAUGGAAAAUGUAAAUCAAGGUGGCCUAUAAUGAAACUCUUAGUUAAGUCUGACAUGCAUCCUUCUCUAACAACAGCUCCAUAUAAAUAUAACUCAUUAUUUGCAGCAGUGGGAAAGACAAGACUUGAGGUAUUUAUCUUCCUACAGUACCUGCUUUUUGCUACUCCUGAUGUGGUAGCAUGCAGUUCCUAUGACAAUGGGGAGAACAGUGGUCUGUAAAAUAAUCUGUAUGUGAUUGGGGAAGAGAGAGUGAAGAACUUAGAAACAUGGCUUGGUACAAUGGUACAUAACUAUUCAGAAUGGAAAAAAGAGUAAUGCAGAUUCCAGCCAUUUCUAUAUAUAAAAAUUAUUUAUUGUGAGGAUAUGAAAAUAGCAAUCUUGGUUAAAAGCAGGUAUGGGCUAAAGGUAUGAUACAGGAAAUGGGUAUAUUCUCCCAUAUUCAAUUAAAGGUUUCACAGAAAAUA